UUCCAUUUCGAGUUCUCCAAGCUCCCUUUAAAAGGGAGCAGAUUCCAGCUGCUUCAGACGGAGCUGCAUCUUCCCGAGUUUCGGGUCCUGCUCUGACAUUCCUCACCCGACGGAAAGAUGAAGGUCUUUGCAGCUGUUCUGGCUCUUUUCCUCCUUGCAGCCUCCUUCUCCCAAACUUUCUCUGGUCCAGUUGGACCUGACCUCCCCAUCUGCUGUUUCAAGUUCACCCGUCACGAGCUGCCCCGGGACCGAAUCCUGCGUCACUACAGCACCAGCACCACCUGCCCCCGGCCAGGCAUUGUGUUCAUCACAAGGAGAGGCCGCCAGGUCUGUGCCAAUCCCGGUGACAGCUGGGUCCAGAGGUACCUGCAGAGCGUGGAGCAGAACUGAGCCAGGCAAGAUGGCAAGUGGAGCUGCUGUCCUGCACAAAUCACCUCAUCCUGAGCCCCGACCAUGGAGCAGGGACAAUGGGAGCUGCAGGAGCCCACAGCAUCUGCAGGUGUCUCCAAGGGACUGCUGGAAGGACUCCCCAGGACACCUCGUGUUGUUGGGGUUGCUGCUGCUCACCCUGAGCUUCCACAAACUGGGCUGUGACCUCAUCCCUCUGCCCUGACCCUCCACUGGUGGCCUGGCAAGGCCCAGGGGGCUGCACCUUUGUUAUGUUAUUUGAAAUUAUAUUAUUAUUUGUUGU